AUGGCGUCCUCCCCAAACUACUACCAUCCUCAAGAAGGCCCUCCCUCCCCACGAGCCUCUCCUUCGGUUGCCAUGGUGACGCAGCUGAGGGCUACUUACGUCACCGCGGGUUCCCAUGCAGGACCCCUGCUGGUGGUCUGGAUCAACAAGUUCAAGGUCCUAGGGCAUGUCUGCAUAACAGGUAGAGAACUUGGCAUCAAGACAUGGAGCAGGAGUGCCCUGAGCAUCUUGCUUAUCCUGCCUGCAGGUCCUUUCCUGUUUCUCCUGGCCACCUGUCUGGUGGCUGUGCUGCUGCAGGAGGCAGGUGCAAUUCCAGCACGCCAGGUACCUGUCAAGACCAAAGGCAAACAUUUGAUCCUUGAGCAGGAAACAGAGAAGGCCUUGGGUACCAAAGUCAUGGAGCCCCUGGAUAAGGACAACCAGCUGGGGGCACUGCUGCCUGUGCCCAAGGAGAGGCUUGCAGCUGCUGAGGAAAAGCGUUCAGAUGCUGUGACCUUGGUGGAGACUGAAAAAGAUAUCCUGAGCCGUUUUCGGAACCCUCUUUACGGUCCAGAACUGGAUCUUGACAGCAUUCACCAUCCGAUGUAUGAGGAGGUCCAGGAUGAGGAGGUGCCCCAGAUGAGGCCCAUGUUGAUUCGCCAGGUGCUCCAGGGGCCAGAGGAGGACCUUGACCACAUCUCCCACUCCCUGGAGGACUCCUAA